AUGCACAAACCCACAUCAACAAACAGCAGAGACUGGACACAGAUCUACUCAAUUUAUGGCAUGGAACAAUGGCAUACCCUGCUCUUUCUCAUAUUUCAAGCUAUUCUCUUCUCCAUUUGGUCAAUCCUUUUUCUCCUUUACUUCCAACCAAUCUGCCAGUUUUUAGACACUUUCUUCCUCUUCACCGAAACCAACUCCACCGGUGGUGGCAGUGCAGCACGUUUUGCUGCUGGGUUCACCGGCUGUGUGACAGCACUGUCUGCUGUUUGUUUGUUUUUCGCGGCGGGGAACUUUUUCUAUAGCGCGGUUGGGUUGCGCUAUGAAAUGGCGCAAAGGAUUGUGAGCUGUGUGAAUGAUUGGUCUAAUGUUAAGGUUGCUCUUGAUAUUGGGUGCGGCCGUGGGAUUUUGUUGAAUACGGUGGCUACUCAGCUGAAGAAGACAGGGAGUUCCGGUCGGGUUGUCGGGCUGGACCGAUCUAAACGAACUACUUUGUCUACGCUUCGAACCGCCAACAUGGAAGGUGUGGGAGAGUAUGUGACUUGCAGAGAGGGUGAUGUGAGGAGUCUACCAUUUGGUGACAACUACUUUGAUGUGGUGGUAUCCGCUACUUUUGUACACACAGUUGGAAAAGAGUAUGGCCAUCGGACAGUGGAGGCUGCAGCAGAAAGAAUGAGGGUGUUGGGUGAGAUGGUCAGGGUUUUGAAGCCUGGUGGUGUCGGGGUUGUGUGGGAUCUCCUACAUGUGCCGGAAUAUGUCCGGCGACUACAAGAAUUGAAGUUGGAGGAUAUUAGGGUUUCGGAGCGUGUGACUGCCUUCAUGGUGAGCAGCCACAUCGUAUCGUUUCGGAAACCAAGUCAGCACAUACUGGGUACCGUCUGGGGAGACGAAGCCGACCCAGAUGCCUUGUUGAAAACAUAUACAUAUGAUGUGGUAGUGUAA